AUGGGAUGUACACCAUCAAUUGGACCACCAGCAGCGAUAAAACCAGCUGAAAAUGGAGAAACAAAUAAUGAUUCAAUAUUUACUGCAGACGAAAAAUUAAAAUUAAAAGAAGUUUGGGUUACUGUCAAGCAAAAUAAUAUGAAAAAAUUAGGUGAUGAUAUUAUGGAUAGAGCCUUAAAAAAAAGUUCAACACUAUUAAUCUAUUGGCAAAAUUUUGCUAAUCUUGAUCCAAGUAAUAAUUUAACAUUUAGUGAAAAUGAAUCAGUGAUUAAUACUGAUGCAAUAGCAAGACAAGUGUACAGUCAACAUGGUUAUAAAAUUCUAGACAAAAUUGAUCAAUUAAUAAUGACAAUGGUCGCACGUACUGCUACAGCAAAUAAUAAUGAAACUGCUCUUAAUGAAUCAUUUCGUCGUGUAGCUGAAUCACAUUUAGAAUAUAAAAUUUCACAAAAUCAUGUAGAUGUUAUCUGUGAAUCAUUUCUUGAAAGUUUAAAAAAUUUAAUGUAUCAAAAUGGACAUGAAUGGACAAUAAAACAUGAAUUAACAUGGACAAAAUUGUUUACUUUAACAACAAAUAAAUUUUUAUCAUCAAUACCAUCAUCGACAACAAAAAAAACAAUAUCGUGA